UGCAGGCCAUCCUCAAUCUUUGACCCUUUGGCUUUUGUUUUUCCAUUUCCCAAAUCAUUUUCAGACAACGCAUGAUCCGGAGAGGAGCCGUUUUCUCGGACGCUUCCCCACCUCACUACCUACUUGAUUUUGUUUUUUGGUUUUUUAUUUUUUUAUUUUUUAUUUUUUAUUUUUUACUUUUUUUGAGUCCAAAAAUGUAUGGUUCAAUUAUUGGAAGGUAGAUUAAAGUUGAAUAUUCUGGUAUUUGGGAUCAAAAUCUCAUCUGGGUUUCGUAGUUCUGCUCAAUUGGUUUACCUAGCUCUGUUCUAUUUGUUUCUCUAUGUUUGUGGAUGAUGGAGCUUUUGGAUUCAAAAGGAUCCUCUGGGUAUCCUCGAGGAAGCCCUCAAUUGUUUUGAAGAAAUAUAACCAGGAAUAGAUAAUGAUUUUGAUCCCAAUUCGGAGCACCAAAUUAUCAAUUUGAGGGAAGAAAAAUGUCUCCACGAGGUAGCUUUUGCAGAGAAGUGAUUGAGGCUCACAUUUCAUGUGGAGAUUCUGAUGUAGCAACUUCAAAUGCUGAAGCAAGAAGUUCUCCUUUCAAAAAAGCUGCCUCUAGUUUGAAUGGAAACCUUGGAAUGGCAUCAACCAAUGAUGUCCACGAGCUGCUUGAGUGUCCUGUUUGCAUGAAUUUGAUGUACCCUCCAAUUUAUCAGUGUGCAAAUGGACAUACUCUAUGUUCAAGCUGCAAGGGUAGAGUAUACAAUUCCUGCCCCACUUGUCGCCUCGAACUCGGGAACAUAAGGUGUUUGGCACUGGAGAAAAUAGCAGAAUCACUGGAACUCCCUUGUAGAUACCAAAUUUUGGGUUGUAAUGAAAUAUUUCCAUACUACAGCAAGCUCAAGCAUGAGAAAAGCUGUAAAUGUCGUCCGUACAACUGUCCUUACGCUGGAGCUGAAUGUCCAGUUACUGGUGACAUCUCAUUCCUUGUGAUGCAUCUGCAGAAUGAUCACAAGGUUGACAUGCAUGAUGGCUCUACUUUCAACCACAGAUAUGUUAAAUCCAAUCCCGAGGAAUUCGAAAAUGCUACAUGGACACUAACGGUUUUCAACUGUUUUGGCAGGCAGUUCUGCUUGCAUUUCGAGGCAUUCCAGAUUGGAAAGGCACCUGUUUACAUGGCCUUCCUUCGGUUCAUGGGAGACGAUCAAGAAGCAAAGCAAUUCAGUUAUAGUCUUGAAGUUGGUGGCAAUGGCAGAAGACUAAUGUGGCAAGGAACUCCAAGGAGUAUCCGCGAUAGCCAUAGAAAAGUUCGAGACAGUCAAGAUGGACUAAUCAUUCAGAGGAACUUGGCACUUUUCUUCUCAGGUGGUAACAGGCAGGAGCUGAAGCUGAAAGUGGCAGGUCGAAUAUGGAAGGAACAGUAGAUCAUCUAAGCUAGAGAGGUUCUGUUCUUCAAAGAUGUUCUAGUUUUGAAAAAUAAAAAAUAUAUAUAAAAAAAUGAAAGCGUUGUGGGAAAUUUAGGAAUUUUUCUGUAAAUGGUUAGAUGUAUGUUGCAUGCUUGAAGAUCAUGGAUAGAUAUAUCUAAGAAAGCAACUUUCUUUGGA